AUGGGUGUGGGCAAGAGAACGAGUUUGCGGGCCAAGCUGGAGAAACGGGUCAAGAGUGGCGGGGUGGCCAAGACAGUUGAGCGCGUGGAGAAGCGCAAGGAUGAUUCGCUGGUCUCCAAGUCGGCUCUGCGCCGGCGCAAGCGCAAGAUGAAGGAGCAGCUGAAACCAAAGCUCGAGGACCUCGCCCAGGUGCUUGAGGAGGUGCCGGCGACGGCAACACACUCGAAACUAGACCACACGCCAAAUCCGCACAAGCGUGGGGCGAAGAUCGUGGAAAAAGUGGAAAUUAAGCGGUUUGGAGCCGUGCUGAAGGACGAGCAGUUCAGAAAAAGCCCGUUCGACGCCCUCAAACGCGCUAUCGCAAAUAACAGCUAGCGGAAACGGGUAGCGUAUAGUCAGAUGUGGGUUAUGUACGAUGAAAUACGGAGUUAUGAAUAAAUAGAAUAGUGGAAAGGGGUCGCAUAGUCACCCAAUAAAUAGCCGCUGUUAGUACGUCCCCUAGUACGCCCGGUACCACAUGCGGUGUGUCUGGUGGGCCAUGAUCUUCUUCUGCAGCCGGAAAAUGCCGUACAUCAGAGCCUCCGACGACGGAGGACACCCCGGCACGUAGAUGUCGACAGGCACUAUGCGGUCCACACCUCUCACCACGCUGUAGCUGUAAUGGUAGUAGCCGCCGCCGUUUGCACAGCUGCCCAUGGAAAUCACCCAUCUUGGGUACGGCAUCUGGUCGUACACCUGGCGAAGAGCCGGCGCCAUCUUGUUUGUCACGGUGCCGGCCACAAUCAUCACGUCCGACUGCCGUGGAGACGCACGGAAAAUGAUACCCAGGCGAUCCUGGUCGUACCGUGGCGCAGAAACGUGCAUCAUCUCGACGGCACAGCAGGCCAGGCCGAAAGUUGCUGGCCAGAAGGAGCUUUUUCUUGCCCAAUUUUUUAGCUUGUCGAAAGAGGUAAAAGCGUAGUCCAAAGAGUUCGACAGGGGCAGUUCCGAAAGCACAGGACGGUCGACCUCGAGCUGUGUCUUGGCCCGCAAAACGGACGUUGAAAACCUGGCCACUUGUGCUGGUCUGAUUGGCUUCAUAUAAAUGAGGGG